GAAGCAGCACCCAGACGAGCUGCUGAAGAGUUCCAGGGGCAGAGAGCAGGGCCUGAGUGGGCUUGAGGUGACGAUUCUCAGCCUCUUGCCUGGAGCUGAGGAGAACCAGUUUUACUUCCAGCAGGCUCCGGGCGAAAGAGCUGCUAGAACAAUGCUGAGGCAGCCCCGACGGAGUAUCUCGAACAGGUGAUCAGAGGAGCCGGGAAACCGAGGCCACCUGGGCAUCCCUCCCCUCGCCUGGGCCGGCCAGAGCCUCAAAGACGGUGGAGAAACCAUGGCGACCAAUUUCAACGACAUCGUCAAGCAGGGCUACGUGAAGAUGAAGAGCAGGAAGCUCGGGAUCUACCGGAGGUGCUGGCUGGUGUUCCGGAAAUCCUCCAGCAAGGGGCCCCAGCGGCUGGAGAAGUAUCCAGAUGAGAAGUCAGUGUGCCUCCGAGGCUGCCCCAAGGUGACAGAGAUCAGCAACGUCAAGUGUGUCACACGGCUCCCCAAGGAGACCAAGAGACAGGCAGUGGCCAUCAUAUUCACCGACGACUCGGCACGUACCUUCACCUGCGACUCAGAGCUGGAGGCAGAGGAGUGGUACAAGACUCUCUCUGUGGAGUGCCUGGGGUCGAGGCUCAACGACAUCAGUCUGGGAGAGCCGGACCUCCUGGCCCCAGGAGUGCAGUGCGAGCAGACAGAUCGCUUCAACGUCUUCCUGCUGCCCUGCCCCAACCUGGAUGUGUAUGGCGAGUGCAAGCUGCAGAUCACCCACGAGAACAUCUACCUCUGGGACAUACACAACCCCCGCGUGAAGCUCGUCUCGUGGCCCCUCUGCUCACUGCGCCGCUAUGGCCGGGACGCCACACGCUUUACCUUCGAGGCUGGCCGGAUGUGUGACGCUGGGGAAGGGCUCUACACCUUCCAGACGCAGGAAGGGGAACAGAUUUACCAGCGGGUCCACAGUGCCACCCUGGCCAUCGCUGAGCAGCACAAGAGGGUCCUGCUGGAAAUGGAGAAGAACGUGAGGCUGCUGAACAAGGGCACGGAACAUUACUCAUACCCCUGCACGCCCACUACCAUGCUGCCCCGCAGUGCCUACUGGCACCACAUCACAGGUUCCCAGAACAUUGCUGAGGCCUCCAGCUAUGCCGGUGAGGGGUAUGGGACGGCCCAGGCCAGCUCAGAAACGGACCUCCUCAACAGAUUCAUCCUGCUAAAGCCAAAGCCCAGCCAGGGGGGCAGCAGUGAGGCCAAGGCCCCUUCCCAGUGACGGCAGAGCUGGCACACAGAUGACCACUGGGGCUGCCUGCAGCACGUCGUGGAUGGCAUGGAGGGGCUGUGGGCCAAGAGCCUGGGGAAAGGGAGCAAGCGGUCCCUUCUUUGCCCCCGAGGGUGAGACUGGACCAAGGCAAAGGGCUGGCCAUGCCACCUGAGCAUGUGUGAGGGGCUGGAGCUACCAUGGGACUAUAUACUGUUAAUGAUUUUAAUAUAUAUGGCUUAUUAUGUAUUCUGUAUUAAUAAGAUUCCCCCUCUGACCCUCCCUGCCACCACAUACACAGUUUUUAAUCCCAUGACCAGGCCACAGUCAAGGCUGCUUUGAAUGUGAGGGCAGCGGUUUCCCUGUCCCCCAUGGUACCAGCCCUCCUGCUGCCAGGACCUGAGCUGCCAGGGCCAGAGGAGGGAGACACUCCACACUCCCAGCUGCCGCGCUGGCUGCUGGCUUUUCCCAAGCAGCCCAGGGGCGGAGACAGCAGGUGGCUUCUCAGUCCCUCUGGGCCUAGAGUGGCACAGGAAGGAUCCGAACUUACACUGUGCCACUUGGUAGCCUUGCACUUGGAGUUUUCAGCAGAGGUGACGUCUGGUUGACACCUCAGGUGAAAAAUCUGGCUUGAAAAUGGUUUCUGCCCAGACUCCUUCGUGCUUAGCAGGCUGAGGAGACGCCCUGGGGGUGGGGGGUGCUGGUGACCUCGCCCAGGGAGGACAGCCAGUGCCGGGCUCUUUCCUGCCCUCGGGCCAGGCCGGCCGCACAGGAGGACUGCGGUGAGGGGGAGUGGGGAAGCGCCCUGCUGCCCGCUCUCAGUGACCGGCGUGGGCAGUGCUCCCACAGAGGGAGCCCCUCUGCCCUGUCUGGCCUCCCUCCGGCAGCCAAAGUACUCAGAAGCCGGUCAGAGACCUCCCCAAUUCCUCCUCCACAUGGUGCUGAGGCUCCCUGCUGAAAUGCAAUUAAAGCAACUGAUUUUCUAGUGCUGGUAUUUACUGA